CUGAAUCUUGAUCUCUCCGUCGGAAUCCAUGGAGAGAACGUAUCAUUAUCUCGAGCGCUUGAACCCGAGUUCCCUGUUCAUGACCUUCUUCUCCGUCAAUGUCUUCCCCCACCGGCUACACUCGCUCCUCUCAGAGAGCCUCCUCCACCAUCUCGCCUCUUCGGUCACGGAAGUCUCCUACGGCCAGCACAAAACCCAGCCGAAGACCUACCACUCUGUCAUCUUCUUCGAUAUCGUCGAGACCGUUGCUGAAAUUGUCUGAAUCCCCUGUAGCCGCCACCAACGCCUCUGACGUCAGCAAGGCCAAGGAGAAUGUCAUUGUCACCGUCCGGUUUCGACCUCUCAGUUUUGGACAAUAUAUGCAGGAUGACCACACAAAAGUUGUGAGUGUCCACCAGGAUUCAGGGGUGAUGGAGUCCAGUCCUGUGAAGAGAAAUUGGCCUGCCAGUGCCCAGAAUGCAAAUGCAAAAAUACCAUGGGUAGUUAUGAUUGCAGAUGCAGUAAUGGCUUAUACUACAUGCGAGAAAGUGACAUGUGUAUUGGGAAAUAUGCUGCUUCAUUGGCCAGCGGAGGCUUUGUUUGGAUGGUUAUUUUGAUCUUGGUUGUUGCUGGUUAUGGAGGAUAUGCAUUUUACAAGUACAGAAUCCAGGUAUGAUUCUUUG